AUGAAGAAGUUCUCGCGGAUGCCCAAGUGCGAGGGCGGCGGCGGCUCGGCGGCGUUGGCGGGCGGCGGGGCCGGCGGGGUCGGGGCCGGCUCGGGCUCGGGCUCCGGCGGCUCGUCCGUGGGCGUGCGGGUGUUCGCCGUGGGCCGCUACCAGGUCACCCUGGAGGAGGCGCUGGCCGAAGGUGGAUUCUCCACAGUUUUCUUGGUGCGGACUCAUGGUGGAAUGCGCCAUGCAUUGAAACGGAUGUAUGUCAAUAAUGUGCCAGACCUCAAUAUUUGUAAAAGAGAAAUUACAAUUAUGAAAGAACUAUCUGGUCACAAAAAUAUUGUGGGUUAUUUGGACUGCGCUGUUAAUUCAAUUGGCGAUAAUGUAUGGGAAGUGCUUAUCUUAAUGGAAUAUUGUCGAGCUGGACAGGUUGUGAAUCAAAUGAAUAAGAAGCUACAAACAGGCUUUACAGAACCAGAAGUGUUACAGAUAUUUUGUGAUACCUGUGAAGCUGUUGCAAGAUUGCAUCAGUGUAAGACUCCAAUAAUACACCGAGAUCUGAAGGUAGAGAAUAUUUUGUUGAAUGAUGGUGGAAACUAUGUACUCUGUGACUUUGGCAGUGCCACUAAUAAAUUUCUUAACCCUCAAAAAGAUGGAGUAAAUGUAGUUGAAGAAGAGAUUAAGAAGUAUACAACUCUGUCCUACAGAGCUCCUGAAAUGAUCAACCUUUAUGGAGGGAAAUGCAUCACCACUAAGGCUGAUAUCUGGGCACUGGGAUGUUUGUUGUAUAAACUUUGUUUCUUCACUCUUCCUUUUGGUGAGAGUCAGGUUGCCAUAUGUGAUGGAAGCUUCACCAUCCCAAAUAAUUCUCGUUAUUCCCAUAACAUGCAUUGCUUAAUAAGGUUUAUGCUAGAGCCAGAUCCAGAGCAAAGACCUGAUAUAUUUCAAGUGUCCUAUUUUGCAUUUAAAUUUGCCAAAAAGGAUUGCCCAGUAUCGAACAUCAAUAAUUCUUCUUUACCUUCAACUCUUCCUGAACCCAUGACUGCUAGUGAAGCAGCUGCUAGGAAAAACCAAAUAAAAACCAGAAUAACAGAUACCAUUGGACCAACAGAAACCUCAAUUGCACCAAGACAAAGACCAAAGGCCAACUCUACAGCUACUGCCCCCACUGUACUGACCAUCCAGAAUUCAGCAACACCUGUUAAAGUCCCUGCUCCUGGUGAAUUUGAUAACCAUAGACCAAAAGGCCCACUACGACCUGGAAAUGGCCCUGAACUUUUACUGGGUCAGGGCCCCUCUCAGCAACCUUCCCAUCAACAUAGAGUACUUCAACAACUACAACAGGGAGACUGGAGAUUACAGCAAUUUCAUCUACAGCAUCCUCAUCCUCACCAGCAGCAACAUCAGCUACUUCAGGAUGCUUAUAUACAUCAGUAUCAGCAUGCAAUUCAACAGCAACAGAUACUUCAACAACAGUUUUUAAUACAUUCGCGGUAUCAGUCACAGCCUUCUACAUCACAGUUUCCUGCAAUGAUGCAGCAGUAUCAGCAGGCUUUCAUGCAACAGCAAAUGCUAGCACAACAUCAGCAGUCUCAACAACCGGCAUCACCUGAAUAUCUUACCUCCCCUCAAGAGUUCUCGCCAGCUUUAGUUUCAUAUGCUUCAUCACUUCCAGCUCAGGGAACAUUACUGGACUCCUCUUAUAGUGCCAAUAGGUCAGUUGCUGAUAAAGAGGCAGUUACAAAUAUCGCAAAUCAGAAGAGUAUCAAUAACCCACCUGAUAUGUCAGGGUGGAAUCCUUUUGGAGAGGAUAAUUUCUCUAAAUUAACAGAAGAGGAACUGUUGGAUAGAGAAUUUGACCUUCUAAGAUCAAACAGACUGGAGGAGAGAGCACCCUCAGAUAAGAAUGUAAACCCACUUUCUGCUCCACAUAACCAUCCUCCAGAAGAUCCUUUUGGUUCUGUUCCUUUCAUUUCUCACUCAGGUUCUCCCGAAAAGAGCACUGAACAGCCACCCAUGAAUCAAGAGACUGUUGUAAAUCCUAUGAAGAACAGAAAAGCAAGUCCAGUAUCUAAAGAUCACCGGGCUGGAAAGAAAGUGUCAGAGAAUUCAUCAAUACAGAUUCAAGUGCAAAAGGGGAAUGCCGAAUCCGAAAGUGAUUUUGAAUCAGACCCACCUUCUCCUAAGAGCAGUGAAGAGGAAGAACAAGAGGAAGAAGUUCUCCAGGGUGAACAAGGAGACUUUAAUGAUGACGACACUGAACCAGAAAAUCUGGGUCACAGGCCUCUCCUUAUGGAUUCGGAAGAGGAGGAAGAGGAGGAGAAGCAUAGUUCCGAUUCUGAUUAUGAGCAGGCCAAAACCAAGUACAGUAGCAUGAGCCCUAUUUACAGUGGGCCAGUUCGGGAGCCUAAUACAGCACUCCUCUCCCCAAGCAAGGUUCCCUCUGAUGCUGGACUAGAGACUCCUCAACAGGAAUGUGAUGUAUUUGGCGCUGUCCCCUUCUUUGCAGUACACACUCAGCAAGGAGAGAAUGAAAAGAACCUCUCUCAACAGCUCCGCUUCCCCGCUGUGGGUCUGGAGCAAGAGGAGUUUGAUGUCUUCACAAAGGCCCCCUUCAGCAAGAAAGUGAUUAUCCCAGACUGCCCUGCAGCAGUAACUGAAGCACACACUCGACCUGGCUGUCCAAAAAGUGUUGAUAUUUUUGGCUCCACCCCAUUUCAGCCUUUCCCUACUUCAACAGGUACCAGUGAAAGUAAGGAGGACCUUUUUGGGCUUGUGCCCUUUGAGGAAAUAACGGGGAAUCAUCAACAAAAAAUUAAACAGCGCAGCUUACAGAAACUCUCUUCUCGCCAAAGGCGCACCAAGCAGGAUGUGUCCAAAAGUAAUGGGAAGCGGCAUCAUGGCACGCCCACCAGCACCAAGAAAGCCGUGAAGCCCACCUACCGCACUCCUGAGAGGGCUCGCAGGCACAGAAAGGUGGGUCGCCGAGACUCGCAGAGUAGCAAUGAGUUUUUAACCAUUUCAGACUCCAAGGAGAAUAUUAGCGUUGCACUAACUGACGGGAAGGACAGGAGCAGUGUCCUGCAACCAGAGGAGAGUCUGCUGGAUCCCUUUGGGGCCAAACCCUUCCAUCCUCCAGACCUGCCUUGGCAUCCUUCACAUCAGAGCCUAAGUGACAUCUGUGCUGAUCACAAUCCUGUCCUGCCCGGGCGGCCAAGGCCAAAUUCAUUGCAUGGGUCAUUCCAUGGCACAGAUGCACUGAAAAUGGAUGACUUUGGUGCUGUGCCCUUCACAGAACUUGUGGUGCAAAGCAUCACUUCCCAUCAGUCCCAACAGUCCCAGCCAGUGGAAUUGGACCCAUUUGGUGCCGCUCCAUUUCCUUCUAAACAGUAGCUUCUCUUGAGGGACCUCUUGGCAUUUUUAAACUCCUGUUAAAAAAAAAAGUACGGGCAGUUUUAUGAAUCUGAAGGAAUUACGACAUGUCAAUCAGAAUAGGUGAUUAAGAAAAACCCAAUAGGAACAUUUUCACUGGGUGGUGACUUGACAUGCCUGCCAAGCAACAGAAAAGGGCACUGAAUGGCAUGUACUAACCAGUUUCGACACCCAGGGAAAAUGUGACAUCUGCCCAGCUGUGUGGCCAUUGCAAGGGAUUCAAGCUGUAUGGUUAUUUUUGUGACAAUUUGUAUAUGUGUAAUUCCAGGUCCAUUCCAGAAUCCAGCAUUGAAAAUUAAGCCUACUUGUAUAUACAGAUUACUUUUGUGAAUAUCUGAAAGGUUUCUUCUAAUUUCACACAGUGAAAGAUAAAAAAAAUCUAGUUCUCAUAAAGAAUUAAGUUAUUAUCUGGAUAGUGCAGAACUUUUGGUCCUUUUUUCCUCUACAAAGCAAAGCCAGAAGUAACUGACUAUCGUGCCUAACUAAAACUUUUGCUUCAUUUUAAAACAAGUGCCAUUAAAUAGCAGGAGAAAAAAUGUCUGUAACAGAAACUGAAGGAAAAUAAUCUGACUUUUGAAAAA